GACAUUUUAGCACUAAUGGUGCCCGGCUUCUCUCUCCACUCUUGCUGAUACUUGUUCACUCCUGGUCCUCAGAUUUCGUUUCUGGUGUCCGAAAGAAACAAAUCCUCAGAAUGAUGAAAAAUCAAGCAAGAACAUUAUAUCUGCCCUACCGUUUUAUUCUCUUUGCUUCACACCACAAGUUGUCUCCUCAUCUAUAUUCUCCUUCACUGUAAUAGCUCUAGAGAAAACUAGCAAUGGCGAAAGAAGUAGGGGCAAAAACUCUAGAGAACUCUAUUACAAGGAGCUCUUAUCAGUUGGAUUUACCAAUCGUUGAGUCUUCUUCUUCACUUGUGGAAGAUUUGCACACGUCAAGAAAGAUACUUGAUGGUUACAAAGAGAGUAUAAGAGAUUCGGAGUCUGCAAAAGCAAGAGCCGAAGUGAAACUUUCCAAGGCGAUGGAGUUGGUAAAGGAGCUCACAUUGCUGAUAGAGAGGUCGAAUCGGAAUAAAGAGUUUCAUAGAAAGAAUAUUGAAGAUUCAAAGAUAGAUAUAAAGGUUGAGGAAAAUGGUGAAUAUGUGGAAGUUCGGAGAGAUUUGGAGGCUGCGAAGGAAGAAGUGAGUAGGCUAAAGCUAGAUUUAGACUCUGUUUUGGGAGAGAAGGUUGAAGUAGAGAAGGAAGAAGUGAAAAUAGGUUUUAGAAUUGAAGAGAAGUUGAGAUUGUUGGAGAGUCUUAAGAAGGAGAUAGAGGUUGCUAAUGAGGAACAUUUUUUGGUUGAGUUAGGAAAGAUGGAUGCAUCGAUGGAUUGUAAAGAGAUAGAAAGGAUGAGAGAAGGAGAAGGAGAAGAGGUUUUGGAUUACAUAGUGGAAAAGAACAAGAAAAUCAAGAAAAUGUUGGAAGAAGCAGAUAGAUCAAAGGGUAUCGAGGUUGAGCUGUUUGAGACUACUUCGGAUGUUGAAAUGUUACAGACACAGCUAAAUCUUGUCAAGAAAAUGGAGAGGGGAGACAAGAGCAUGUCGAGAUCUUUUGAAAGAGGAAAAUGUACUUUAACGGUACUGAAAGAAGUAACAGAAGCAAAAAAAGAGGCACUUGCUUCUCUCAACGCAGAACUCUUCAAGCUCAUGAUGGUAAUGGAUGAGUUGAGAAACCAAAUCAACCAAGCCAGAGAAGAAACAGGUCAGCUCAACAAAAUAUUAAGUAAAAAUGAUGUUAAGAUUCAGAAACUCAAUGCAAAGAUGAUUAUGGCAAAAUCGAAACUGGAAAUAGCAUUAUCGGCCAAAGAAAGAGUUAGGUCUCUUGCCGACAGUCUAGCUGGUUCGCUUGAGAAGUUAAAGAAAAACAAAGAAGCUGCAAAGGAGGAAGAGUGUCUUCUGAUAGCACAGAAGACGGUUACAGAGAUGGAAACACAAAAGACCAAACUCGAGAUAGACGAAAAAGAAAGAGAACUGAAUUCAAAUCUGGAUGAGCUUGAGAAAGCAAAACAAGCUGAGGCUUUAGUACUUGAGAAGCUCGAAUCCCUCAUAGAAGACAAAAUGGAGAGGCGCGAAACAGAGCUCAAGAAUUGUUCGACCAUCACUAUCUCGAGGUUUGAGUAUGAGUAUUUGAGUAGACAUGCUUCUCUAGCAGAAGAAACUGCAGAGAAGAAAGUUUCAGCAGCAGAGGCGUGGGCUGAAGCACUCAGGGCUAGCACUAAAGCGGUUCUGAUGAAGACCGGAACUUUGAUGAGAGUGGAAGGAGAGAGAGAAAUGUCUAGGACAGAAAGGUCGUUUUCGACGAAGAGACUGGCCGAGGACGAGCGGAUCCAGGAAGCGGAAGCUGAAAGCUAUCUUUUUUCUAAACCGGUUAGAAAAUCAACACCGGUGCAACUAGGGAAGUCAAGAAGAUACUCAUCUGCAGGGACUCCGACUUUCUUUGUAAUCAAGAAGAAGAAAGGUCUGAAAUUAGUGAAGCUUUUUAGUCGGAAAAGGUAAAAAAAAAAAUCAUUUUGAGAUGUGAGAACGAUGAGAGUUGUAGAACUACUACAUACAUAUGUGUCAAAACCAUGAAAUGCUUCAUAUUCUUGUUCAUUGUUUUGUGUAUGAUCAUAUGUUCUUUUUUUUUUGAGCAACGAUCAUAUGUUCAUAUCACAUAUUCGUGAUAGUUAGUAUAGUUAUUCAAUUUGUGCAUUGUUGUGAAAUGAUUCAUAUUCUUAUUCAUUGUUAUGCAUGGUCGUCAUAUCAGUAUGACAUUCUAA